AGUUAGUGUACUCUAUCCUCAAUCUCGAGCCGUUUGGGAUUUAACGUGCGAGUACUUUUGCGCUUGAAGGCCUUUCUCAACCUUCACUCUUCCCACUGUAGGGGCACCUUCAAGCAGCUCCGCGGCACCGGCAGUGGCUCGAUCAGUAAAAAAACAACAACAAAAAACAUAAUAUUUAUACACAGGAACACAUUUAGAAAUAUAGACAUUAUGUCUCUUCUUACUAUUAGUAGGUUGGCCCAUAGACUUCUUUGUUCUAAGAAUGCUGCAGGUGUUGCUGUGACUGCCCGACAUAUUAGCGCAUCCACAAAUUUAAAAGAUGUCCUGGCAGAUCUCAUUCCCAAAGAACAGUCUAGAAUCAAGAACUUCAAGCAGCAGUAUGGCAAAACUAGCAUUGGCCAGAUCACUGUGGAUAUGGUUUAUGGAGGAAUGAGGGGUAUGAAGGGCUUAGUAUAUGAGACAUCUGUGCUUGAUCCUGAUGAGGGAAUUCGUUUUCGUGGAUACAGCAUUCCAGAAUGCCAACAGCUAUUGCCAAAGGUUGCAGGAGGAGAGGAACCACUGCCUGAGGGACUCUUCUGGCUGUUGGUCACUGGUCAGGUGCCCACUGAAGAACAGGUGAACUGGUUGUCAAAAGAAUGGGCUAAGAGAGCAGCGCUUCCCUCCCAUGUGGUCACAAUGCUGGAUAAUUUUCCAACUAACCUGCACCCCAUGUCCCAGUUUAGUUCUGCUAUCACUGCUCUAAAUAGCGAAAGCAGCUUUGCCCGAGCCUAUUCUGAGGGAGUCCAUAAGAGCAAGUACUGGGAGUUUGUGUAUGAGGAUUCCAUGGACUUGAUUGCCAAGCUUCCCUGUGUCGCAGCUAAGAUAUACCGCAACCUGUACCGUGAGGGCAGCAGCAUUGGAGCCAUUGAUCCCAACCUGGACUGGUCUCACAAUUUUACCAACAUGUUGGGCUACAGUGAUCCCCAGUUCACUGAGCUCAUGAGACUCUAUCUCACCAUCCACAGUGACCAUGAAGGUGGUAAUGUCAGUGCCCACACCAGUCACCUUGUGGGCAGUGCCCUGUCAGACCCUUAUCUUUCCUUCAGUGCAGCCAUGAAUGGCCUGGCUGGUCCCUUGCAUGGUCUCGCUAACCAGGAGGUGCUUGUGUGGCUAACAGCCCUCCAGAAGGAGCUUGGUGGUGAAGUUUCAGAUGAAAAGAUGAGAGAUUACAUCUGGAAUACACUAAAAUCUGGCAGGGUUGUGCCUGGCUAUGGGCAUGCUGUCUUGAGAAAGACAGACCCACGUUACACAUGCCAGAGAGAGUUUGCCCUGAAACACCUACCAAAUGACCCCAUGUUCAAGUUGGUGGCUCAGCUCUACAAGAUUGUGCCCAAUGUGCUGCUAGAGCAGGGCAAGGCCAAGAACCCAUGGCCCAAUGUUGAUGCUCACAGUGGAGUACUACUGCAGUAUUACAAGAUGACUGAGAUGAACUACUACACGGUGCUGUUUGGAGUGUCUCGGGCCCUGGGAGUGCUGGCUCAGAUGAUUUGGAGCAGAGCGCUGGGCUUCCCUCUGGAGCGUCCGAAGUCCAUGAGCACAGAUGGCCUUAUGGCUUUAGUAGGGGCUAAGUCAGGCUAGAGAGAACAGGCCAUUAUAGCUGAGGAAACGGGUGCAGGAUUUUUAGUUGUAAAAUAAGCCUUUGGACUAAAGACUUUAAAUAUGGAUUCCACCUAAAUUAAAAUGGGCCAUUAUUCAUUUCUGUUAUUGUUAAAACUUGAAACAUUUCCCAAAAUGUAAUAAAUUUUUUUUACAUACAUAUCCCAUACCAGUUCUGAAUGAUAACUAACAAAUUUUUGCCCCAGUAGGUUAAUAAAUGUAAAAUGAGGAAAGGUGCUGAUGAACAGUAAUUAAUGUAGUGAGUCACUUCAUGUGUGUACAUAUAACCAUUAUUGCAAUAAACAGAUAGUUUCCCCAAAUAAAGACCCCCCCCCCCCCAAAUUCCCCUUUCGUAGCAAAACCUUAGUAUUUUACCUUUUAAAAUUAUUUUUUAUGCCGUACCUAUAUGGUAGUGGUACAAGAAAUAUAUACAUUGCCCUUCUACAACAGAACUUGUUAAAUGGUAUGAAAAGGCCUUCUUCCUUUAGGAUAAAUAUCAAUUAUUUCUCCCCAAAACACCCGAACUACAAAAUAGCAGUUUCUAAAUGUAAGAUAAAUUCAAGGGUUCACCACUUCGGCUUUGAACACUGUUCAGAUCUGUCAAAACUGAGUUGAUUGUAAAACUUUACGUCUGUCAUGGUAUUGAUUUAAAGCUUUAAAAUCUAAAAAUAGACUGAUUUUUAUUGAUUUUUAGUUUUCACUAGCAUUAGUGUUAUUGUCUAAGAGCAUGAUGAAACAGCAGUCACAGCAGCCAGUGCUUUCACUUUGCAGGGCCCCACAAUAGUAGUUUUUAAUAUAAAGAAAUGCUUGCUAGUUUGGACUCAUUAAUUUUUAAGUCUAUUUGCCUUCUUAUGUGUGGAGUUUUUGGUUUCCUAAAUUUCAUACAAAAAUAAUCAACUAAUUUAUUUUAUUUGUUUUGUAAAUACAUAUAUUUAAAUAUAUGUAAAUACAUGCAUUAAAAGCUGUAGCCUAUGUACAAAAAAACUUUUAGUCAUCAGUGAUUCAUUUUGUGCAUAGAGUUGUUUGUUCUCUGGGAUGGCACAGGCUGGUACUGAUUUGUUUCAUGUUUGCUUGAAGGCAAUCAGUGGUAUAAAUGCUCUUUUACUGUCAACUGGCAGGUCUGUAAACACUCCACAUACUUACAUGAAGACUUAUUUUCAGUCACUUUUUCUGUUUUGAUAUGUUUUCACAAAUUCAGAGGUUUUAUAAACAAGUAUUUAAUGCA